AUGGCCAUCGGCGUCGUCGCGGCCCUCGUCGUGCUCUCCGCGCUCGCGGCAGCCGAUCACAGGCCGAGUGCGAUCGCGUCAAAGCCUGGCGCUCUUCUGGGUCUCCGUGGUGGCGGUGGCGUCCACGACGACGGCGUUACGAAGCCGCUCGUCGUCGUCGGCUCGCUGAACGUGGACAUCACCAUCGAGGUCGAGAGGUUGCCGAAGAAGGAGGAGACCGUCAUGGCGAGCAGUCCGUGCACAUCGGUCGCGGUCGGUGGCAAGGGCGCGAACCAGGCCGCGGCCGCCGCGCGCCUGGCCACUGGCACCGGCCGGCCGGCGGUGCUGAUCUGUGAGUUUGGCAACGAUGGCUACGCCGAGACGAUGCGGACGGCGCUGCAAGAAGCCGGCGUCGACGUCUCGCGCUGCGCGCACUCCGCGGAGCUGCCGACGGGCCAGGGCAUCGUGAUGCUCACUCCCGACGGCGCCGCAUCGAGCAUCGUCGUGCCCGGCGCCAACGCGGGCUGGACAGCCGAGCGCGCGGCCGCCCUGGAGGAGCUGGUGUGCGGCGCGAGCGCGGUGCUGCUGCAGCGCGAGAUCCCGGAGGAGGUCAACCUGGCGGUCGCGCGCGCCGCGUGCGCCGCGGGCGUGCCGGUGCUGCAGGACGUGGGCGGUGAGGACCGGCCGAUCGACGACGAGCUGCUGCGGGAGGUCGCAUAUGUGUGCCCGAACGAG